CAGUCCUACAUCCAUCAUGCCAAGAGUACCACCACAACAGCAGCAAAGUACAAACAUGGAGGAGAUAAAGAAGGGAGCGUGGUCUCCAGAGGAAGACCAGAAAUUGAAAUCUUAUAUCAUAAGAUAUGGCAUCUGGAAUUGGAGCCAAAUGCCCAAAUUUGCAGGGCUUUCAAGAACGGGAAAAAGUUGUAGACUUCGAUGGAUGAACUAUCUCCGCCCUGAUGUUAAGAGAGGACCUUUUACCAUGGAAGAAGUCGAAAUAGUCAUUAAAAUGUACCAGGAAUUGGGAAACAGAUGGUCGGCCAUAGCUGCAAAAAUAUCAGGAAGAACGGACAACGAAAUUAAAAACUUCUUCCACACACACUUAAAGAAGCAUCUGAAAUUGAAAAAUAUUGAUGCCUCGAUGAAGUCUAAGGUAAAACGCAAAAGGGUGGAGAAAACCAAGAAAAGCGAGGAGAUAAAUAAUGCCGGUAAAGCUCAAGAAAAAACUCUAUCAUUUCUGGCUAUUGGCCCGACAAUGACGACAGAUAAUAAUUCAAUGAUCGGAACAUCGACCAACAACAGCAGUAGUUUGAUGGUAUCACCCUGUGGUUCUUCAUCCUACAACAGCAUUAUUACAUUUGACGAAAGCCAAAGGAUGAAUGUGGAUCAACCAAUCAUUGAAAUGGAAAACACGGUCAUCUUGGAGAGCAAUCCUGAAAUUCAUCAGUCAGAUAGUUUGAGCAUUGAGUCAUUGGAUGAGUUUGACACGAAUUCAUUCUGGUUUCAUCUACUUAAUGAUGCUCACCGUUUUAUUUUAUGA